AUGCUCUUCCUUGAUGUAAAGGGAGAGAACAUAGUAUCUGGAUCACCUUGGAACCGGAGACAUCACCACCACGAGAGAGAAAAGUUCUUGGACAUCAACCAGUUCUUGAAUCAUGUGACAAAGAUCGUUUCUGGGACUUUAGACUUAUCCCUUCAGUGGAAAGAAUACAAAGAGAUGAUGGAGUUGAUGGUGAAAUCUGUAAGGAAACAAUCCCUGGAUCUGCAGGAGGAAAAAGAAGAUUCUGAUUUAGAAGAGUCUUUGGGAGGCUAA